ACCUCUGAAGAGGCUUCAGGGACAACAGGGUUUGUCAGAUGUUUAUGCUCUGUGUCAGAUGACACACAGGACCGCACACUGGAUACAUCUGCCAACGCUCAGUUUUAUCAGUGUUGUCUGGUGUGGCAGUACCCCAGUCUACCAUGGCUACAGCUGUUUCCUCGAGACAACAUCAAGCAAACCUCACACACUGGACUUUUUGGCGCAGAUCAGAAAUUAGGAGAGACACUCCAUUCAGAUUGGAGUGAAAGUCUUCGUUCACUUCACCAGCUUUUAAGAGUACGUCAGUGUCCAUAUUUUUAUGUGUGUGGGCCAACAUUCACAUGUUUAUUCCGAGCAGCAGGAGUAGCAGGGAUUUCACAAGCUCAUGCACUGAUUACUCCUACAACCAGGGGCUUUCGAGAUGCAAUGAAGGAAGAAGAUAUUGAAUUCGAAAUGCCAUUCCAAAACUCUGGAUCAAAGACUAGUGGAAGUUCAAAUUCUUCAGAUGACUUCGCUGAAGAUUCUGAGGCUAAGCAUCUGGAGCUGCAGGAGGAGGAGGAGGAGGAAGAGGAGGUGGUGGAAGAGGAGAAUGAGGAAGAAGAAGAGAGGGAAGCAGCAACAUCAUGGCUGGAAGAUCUAGGUGUAGAAACAUCACAAUUUCCAAAUUUGAAUCCUAAUCGAGUCAAAGUGUAAGUUGCA